UUUAUUUAUAUAAGAUUUAUAUAUACACAUGUAUGAUCGUAUAUAAUUUUUUCCAAAAAAGAAAAAUUAAAUAUGUUGGCAAAGUUAAGGUAAAACUAAUAAAAGGAAUAAUACAACAUAACUGGUUAUAUAGUGUGUGAUAUAAAAAAAGUAAGCCCACGAAAUUGCAUUGAUGGCAAAUGUCCACGUAUAUGUAAAUAUAUACAGUCUUUUUUAAAAACAAAAAAUUUACCGAAAAGUGUCAGCGUAAUAAUCGGGGACAUAAACAGCGGCUAACAAACCAAAAGAAAAAAAGUGAAGUGAUGGCAGCUGUGAUGGCCAUGACAUCUUCCGUCAGCCGUCCGCCGUUUGUGCCAAAGUCCUUGAAAGAAUAUGGAAAGCAGUAAAAGGAAUGAAGCGCGCGUGUGCGGAAUUUCCUAUCAAUCUCGACUUCAAAUGCAACACAACAAUGAAAUGCUUUUUGACAACAUAGUCACGAUCGAAGAUAUCGACAAAUAUUUGUUGUCUACAGUCAUAAAAUUGGUCACUAAUGCAGCAGAAGCAUUGCAAGUGGCAAAUGCUUUUAAGCGAAAUUGGUUUUUGGCACAGCAAAUACGUCACCAUAAGGAGAGUAGGCCUUCAAGGGUGUUGCAUCUUACGCAUGAAGUCGAUCCAGCUAAACAUUUCGCUUAUACUAGCGUUGUUGUUGAUGAUUCAAGCUGAAGUUGUUGUAGAAGCGGUGACGGUUACAGAAGCAGCGACAAUAUCCACAGCAACCACAUCUGUCAAUUUAAAAAGUAUCCUCCGCAUUGGCGAUGGCAAUAUUGUUACCAAAGGAGCAAUUGAGCACUCGUUGGUUACGAUUCAUGACAUCGCCACCGAAAACUUGGGCACUUUAUGCAUAUCUACGCUAUUCCGCCCUUUACAAAUACCCAUCAAUUCAGAACGUUACGAAAGUUCAAGACAAAAAGCCGAUCUCGUUGCAUCUAUACUGCAGGAUGUGGGUAUCGUACGGCAUGGCGGCCUAACAGAUGCACUUACUAAAGGCUUGCUCAGCGACGAAUCUACUACUGGCGCUAGAAUUUUAGCACUCAAUCUGACCAAUGGUGCAGUACAGUCGUAUGUUUGGUGGGUAAAAAGUUAUCAUGAGAAAGCUGGGGAACUACAACGCUACGAGGAAGAUGACUUGCAGAUAGGGAAAAAACCAACACAGAGCUAUCCAUGGUUUGAAGAUGAAAACACGUCACCAACAUUACGAUCGCCAAAAUUUGCACCAAGCCCUCCGAACAUGUACUACAAAGGAUGGUGGACAUUCCCUUAUUUUUCUUGUACGUUAAGUAAAUGGAUACUAUCUUACAGUAUCGCUAUACCACCAAGUGGCCGGCACGGCUUACGUGGCUUCGUCAGCAUUGACAUCGAUGUAACCAGUUUGAGAGUUAACCAAUGCGAAGCCCCUAUUUACUUUUUGAAUUACCAACAAUUACAAUCCCGACGCCUGCACCUCACAGACGUACCUGCCACCGAUGCAAUUGCAGACCUGCAGGCCUUUCAUGGUUCACACAAAUGCCAUCGUGACACCAUGAGGUGCGACUAUCGCCCGCCCAGCACGGAGACGCCGAUAAUAACCACUAACAAAAUUCUAUCUACACCAAAUAGUUGGUCACGUGGCGCAUACCAAUGCCUCUGUAGGCGCGGUUUCUACUCUAUGCGGCAUCCGGAUGGCUUUAAUGGUACUAUCAUGGAGAUUGCUUGGAAAGAGCACCAAGAAAAUGUGAGCAAUUACUACAUGGACGUUUUUACAUGUAUCCGAUGUGCGUCCGGCUGUGAUUUCUGUACAGGCCCGGAACCUUGUUUGGCCAACUAUAAUUGGCCUUUUAGAAUAUCGCUUUUAACAAUAUCAAUAGGCUGUGCCUUCGGCACUUUUACGCUGGCAGGCUAUCUUUUCCACCACCGCAAAGUGAAAGUUUUCAAGGUGGCCAGUCCAAUAUUCUUAUUAAUUACAUUGAUUGGAUGUGCAAUAAUGUAUUUAGAGAUGGUAGCAAUUUUCCCGUACCUAGACAUGACUUGGUGCAUUGUAACAAAGUGGACACGUCAUAUGGGCUUCUGUAUCACAUAUACAUCGCUCUUAAUGAAAACCUGGAGAGUUUCUCUGACGUAUCGUGUAAAGUCGGCACAUAAAGUCAAGCUCACCGAUCAGCAACUUCUGCAGUGGAUGGUGCCCAUUUUAUUAGUGAUGCUGAUUUACUUAGGUACAUGGACCAUUUCAGCGACUCCAUAUGCCGAAGUGAUACUCGAUCAGGCCGGCUUAAAAUUCAAACAAUGCUCCUAUAAUUGGUGGGACCAUAGUUUGGCCAUUGGUGAGGUUCUAUUUCUAGCAUGGGGUAUUCGUGUCUGCUACAACGUUCGCAAUGCCGAAUCAUUAUACAAUGAAGCCCGUCUUAUCUCUUAUGCCAUCUACAAUAUAGCCAUUGUUAAUAUUACAAUGGUCGCCUUCCAUAUUUUCAUAUUUCCAAGAGCUGGGCCGGAUAUCAAAUAUCUGCUUGGAUUUAUUCGUACACAGUUUUCUACAACAACAACAAUUGCCCUUGUAUUCGGGACAAAAAUUUCACGUGUUCUCAAAGGACAAGGUGAUAAAUGGGAUCAGAAGGCCAAAGUACGUAGUAUAACCGCAUCGUUUUCAUUGAAUGGAGUAGGCCUCGUGCCUGAAGAGUCUCCCGACUUGUACCAAGAAAAUGAGGAAUUGAAGGAACAAAUCCAGAAACUGGCACAUCAAAUUGAGUUCAUGAAAACCGUGCAUAUGCAAAUGAAUAAUCGGCACUUGAAACCAAAGCCGGGUGGCUAUUUCACGAUCACAUCGACUUCAUUGCAGGCACCAUUUAGCAAAAAUACCAUGUCAUCCGCCCAAACACAAACCUCCAAAGGCAUGAAUGAGGACUCACUUAGCGGCACCAAGAGCUUAGGAUUUCCCACCAAUAUAACACCAUCAAAAUCCAGGCCGCAUAAAGAAAGAGUUUGACGAGGUCAGCGAAGUGUAAGGGAUUGCUCAACCGAGUUUAAUUUACAGAAUUCGAUAAGUUACGAAAGCUGUGAAUUCUCGCCACACUCAACACCUUCUACCCCG